UUUCACUGCACACUCCAGCUAUAGUCGAGGUAUUCAGGAUAGUUAGUUGGCCUGUCCUUCCCUCCACUUGCCUGCUAAAAGUACGAAAAGUUUAGGCCACCCUAUUUUCCUGUAACAAGUUAGAUUCAUUACUGUACAUACGUAUGUAACCAAUUCAAGAUGACUGUUUCUAUCAGUAUGCUAUAUUUCCCUAACUGGCUGCCUCCAGUCCUGAACGUCCAGCCAAAGCCAAUCAGUAACAUGAUAGAUGUGGGAGCUCAAGUUCAACAGGUCAUCAACGUCGAGUGUCGCGGUGUCUUCUUUGAGCCUGUCCUUCUGGAAAUCAAAUUCCAGGGCACCCCAUCAUCUCGUCCUCAAACUGCCUGUCAUGUUCUUCAAGUUCAUGGAGCCCGUUACCAUGACGUCACAGGACUUCUUCCAGAGAUGGAAACAGCUGCAGACCUGGCUGGGUUUGGAUUCUCUGUCCUGGAGGGAGUCGACCCUAACCCUGCAAACUGCGUGUCUGCCGGUGUCAUCAACACUUCCUCCGUCCUCAUUGGAUGUCUGCUCAGACUGGAACCCAAUAUUGACAGCAAGAUGUAUCGACUGACAGUUCGUACGUCAAACGACAAAGUUACCGAACACCUCUGCUCCGUGCUGUCAGAACAGUUCUAG